AAGAGUUCAAGGUACUUUUAUUGGAAAGCUGGUGCAUAGUUUACUUUUGAUCUGUUCUGUUUUUCUUUUGCUUUUUGUUGUUUCCUCGUUGUACGCUUGUGUGUCCAUUCAUUACAUCAAACCAUAAUCAAAACAAUAACAUAAGAAUUUCCUGUACCAUAUAUAUCAAUUUAUCAACAUGAGUGACGUUUUCAUUGUGAUCCAUCUUGCCACAACAUGUGAUGAGAAUGGGGUUUAUGUUACCAAGGAUUCAUCUGAAAUUAUUGAAAUUGCAUGGAGUUUAUUAGAUGCAAAUACAUUGGAAAAAUUAGAUUCUGAUUCAGUUUUAAUCAGACCAAUAAAUACACCAAUCACUGCAUUAUGUACCAGCAUAACUACAUUAACUUGGGAACAUGUUCGUAAUGCGGGUACUUUUAGAGAUGCUGUUUUAAAAUUGGAUCAAUUUAUUCAUGAAAAAAUCACUUCAAAAGGUUUAGAUUUUACAUUUGUUACAUUAAAUGCAUGGGAUUUAAGAGUACAAUUACCAAGGGAAGCUAGAGAUAAAAGUGUUGUCUUACCUCCAUAUUUACAACAUUCUCGUUGCUUUGAUUUAAAACAAGAAUAUUCCAAAUGGCAAGCUCAUCAUCCAGAAACUUUAUCAUAUAGUUCAUCAAAUUUAUCAUCAAUUUGUACUGCAUUAGAAGUUGAAAUUGAACCACAAGGGAAUUUAGCAGCAGUUGCAGCAGCUUCAUCGAAUGGAUUAAAUGGUAAUUUACCAUUCCAUUUACAACAAUUGGCUUUACAAACCCCACGUCGUGCAAUUGAUGAAACAAUUGUUUUGGAGAAAAUUUUAAAAUCAUUAAUUAAAAAAUCUCAACCAAUUGAAGAUCAUUCAGAUGUUUUAUCUAGACCAUUUGAUGGUCGUGCAGAUGUUCGAGCAUUUUUAGCUGAACGUUCAAAAGUUUUACAUUUAUCAAAUUUACCUCAAGAUACAACACAAAGUGAAUUAGAAUCAUGGUUUACCCAAUAUGGUGGACGUCCAAUUGCAUUUUGGACUUUGAAAACUCCAGAUCAACACAAACCUACUGGGUUAGGAUUCGCAGUUUUCAGUUCUCAUGAAGAAGCUGCAGAAUCAUUAGCAAUGAAUGGACGAGCAUUAAAUGAUCGUUCAAUUGAAGUUCAACCUUCAAGUGCAAGAGUUUUAGAUCGUGCACAAGAGAUUUUAACACCAUUCCCACCAAGUAAGAAUAGACCAAGACCAGGAGAUUGGACAUGUCCAUCUUGUGGAUUUUCAAAUUUCCAAAGACGUACAGCAUGUUUUAGAUGUUCAUUCCCUGCUGCUUCAGCUGCGGCAAUUCAAGAAUCAAUGUAUUCAUCAAAUGGUACAAAUACGCCAAUUGGAUCUUCAAAUGGUAAUAGUAACAAUAAUAAUAAUAACAAUGGAAAUGGACAUGGUAAUGGUAAUGGUCAGUCAAGAGUCAGUUCAGUUCCAUUUAGAGCCGGAGAUUGGAAAUGUGGUAAUGAAGGAUGUUCAUAUCAUAAUUUUGCUAAAAAUAUAUGUUGUUUAAGAUGUGGAGCACCAAGG